GGUCACAAGAAGGUUGAAUGUUUUUCUUUGGGAUUUUUUUUUUUUUUUUUUUUUUACUGCGUGAAAGCUCUGAGAAAAGUCAAAUGGAAGUUGUCCUGUGUUAACAAUUUUGAAAUAGGGUAAUUAUCAGUCUUGGCCUACCUUGAGGUCUUUGGCAGUGGCAAACUGCCACUGCCUUGUUUGGUUACUGAAUUUUAACCACGUGUCACGUUGUUGCAAAUUUUGUGUCUAUACCAGUAACAAAGCCCAGUUUUCACUAAAACUCUUGUCGUUGGCAGCGGUUGUUAAAAUUGUGGAUAAUUGCUAAUGAUAUGUAGGUGCUGUCAACACCCAAGUGAAGGGUCAAGGUGUAUUGUCAAAACUUAAAAUUUCAUUGGAGGCACGGGUGUAAGCUCUGCUUCAAAAAAACCUCACCCUUUUGGCACGGGGUUUAUAUCUAAAGUUGGACGGCCUGGUGUUCUAGCUAGACUGGUAAACUCUACUAGCGAUAAAGCCUAAUUCGAGCUGGUUUUACAGUAAAGUUUUGCCAAGUGAACAAAAAAUUAUUUCAAGGAAACAGGUUGCAUUCAAUGGUUGCAAACUUCUGUGUACACGUACUUUAUGUGGGUGCAAAAUUGGAUUACACUGGAAUAGGUCAAACUGAGUAGCUGAAUGAAGGAAUUCCCUGCGAAUUUUUGCACGAGGUUAACCAAGUUGGUUUCAACCAAUGGCUAUGGCCUAGAUUCAUAACGCAGUCCAGAUGUUACAUCCAGCAGCUGUAUAGUGCAUACCAAGUGACUGCACCUCAAAGUGAAUUUGUAGUGCAACUAGACAUGGUGGGCAGGCCACUAUGCUUGGCAUGGUUUGUACUCGCUUAGUUCACACAUAACACUUGAAGUGAUUCUUAUGUUCAAGAAAUAAAAUCACAAAAAUAUUGUCUCUAAAUUUUUUAAAGGCCUGAAUAUAACUGAUUUACAUCUGGCAGUUUAAUACAAAGAUCUCUUUCCAGCCCUAUAGUGAAUACGUACAUACAGUGCAUUACUGUUGCAGUACAGCUUUAUAAUGAUACUGAAUAUUACAACUACUUUUCACAGAUUGUUUUUUUCUUUUUAAUAACUAUUACAAAAAAUUUGUAUCUAUGCAGGAUGAUUCCCUUAUACUUUACAAGGAUUGAGAAAAACGAUACAGUAUGAUAUGCCCAUCUUUACUCUGAUCUGUGCCUUGUAAUUACAGCAUGUUCGUCAUGUCACAGCACUGGAUGCAAACACAGAGACUUGUUUGCAAGCUCAUCUCUCCACGCAGAAGUGCGCAAAUGCAAAGAUUUAAAUUAUUAGAAGUACUUUGGCUUUGAGUUCUUCACAAAUCACUUGCUUGGUUUGCCAUCCCUUCAGAAGAGAAUUGGUUGCAACUCUUCCAGCCUUGCUGUUGCACAAGUCUCAGUUAAGUGGAUUGUCAAGUUGGCUUGAAAAAAAAACAAACAACAAAACAACCCAGCAGAAGAUGUUUCAUGUUGUUCAGUAUCAGCCUUUAAGACUAAUAACCCAAAACAGUCUUUCUAGCAUGUGUUUAAAACUGAUGCUUUCAAGACCUGCUGUGUUUGCACAGAUAUGGAAGUCAUGGUUCUCAAGCCAUUCUCUUGUUGGAAACAAAAAUAUUAUCCUGAUGGGACCUCCGGGUGCUGGGAAAACAACGAUUGGGAGAAUAGUAGGUCAGAAACUAGAUUGCCCUGUCAUAGACAUAGAUGACGAUGUCCUUGAAACAACCUGGAAUAUGAGUGUGUCGGAAAAACUGCAGGAUGUUGGUAAUGAGCAAUUUUUAGAGGAGGAAGGAAAAGCCCUGUUGAAGUUUUCAGCAUCUGGAAGUGUCAUUUCCCUUACUGGGUCCAAUCCAAUGCAUGCUGCUGGCAUGCAGCAUGUGAAGAAAAAUGGAAUAGUUGUAUAUCUGGAUGUGCCCACAACAGUCAUUAUGAGUAGGCUGAAAUCAAUGAAAGUGGAUCGCAUCGUGGGCCAGUCUCCUGGUAUUUCGCUCAAGGACAUACUUCAGUUUAGGAAGCAGUUCUACAAAAGGUGGUAUGACAUCCGUGUUCUUUGUGGAGGGGAUAUUGCAGCAGAGGUUGUAGCAGAAAAGGUGCUUGAUGCUGUGAAGAGGUACCAAAACUCGGAACUGGAAACUUUCAUUUCAACUAGGUCUAGUAGGUCUGGAAGGAGUAUGGAAAAAGACUCUCAUAAAUAUUUCAGUGAUGUUGUCACUGAGGGCUUAGCCCCUGAUGGAGGACUCUUUGUUCCUGAGAGAGGACUUCCAAAAUUCACUGCUGGAGAAUGGCAAAGCCUAAUAGGAGCAACUUAUAUUGAAAGAGCCCAGGUUAUACUAGAAAGAUGCAUACAUCCUUCUGAUAUUCCUGCUUCUAAGCUGGCAGAAAUUAUUGGAACUGCUUAUGGAGAAAACUUUACUUGUUCUAAAAUUGCCCCAGUUAGGCAUUUGGCAGGCAAUCAGUUUCUCCUUGAGUUAUUUCACGGACCAACAGCAUCAUUUAAAGAUUUUGCAUUACAGAUGGUGCCACAUAUAUUUGCAUACUGCAUUCCCAGAAGCUGCAAUUACUUGGUUCUGGUAGCUACUUCUGGUGACACAGGGAGUGCAGUCCUAGAUGGCUUUAGUCGUCUCCAUGACACUGACAAACAGAGAAUUGCUGUGAUGAAUUUUUUUCCUGAGGAUGGAGUAAGCCCAAUUCAAAAAUCACAGAUGAUUGGCUGUCAGAAAGAAAAUGCCUGGUCAGUAGGUGUCAAAUCUGAUUUUGAUUUUUGCCAGACAGCUAUAAAGCAAAUCUUUACUAAUUCUGAUUAUACUGGCUUUCUUACAGUAGAAUAUGGAACAGCUUUAGCCGCAGCAAACUCCAUAAACUGGGCACGACUGCUUCCUCAGGUAGUUUAUCAUGCCUCUGCAUACCUUGAUCUUGUUCAUCAAGAUAUUAUUCCUUUUGGAAGCCCUGUAGAUGUUUGCAUUCCUACAGGAAACUUUGGCAACAUAUUAGCUGCUUUAUAUGCUAAAAUGAUGGGAAUUCCUAUUAGAAAAUGUAUCUGUGCUUCCAAUGAAAACAAUGUUUUGACUGACUUCAUAAGAACAGGUGUUUAUGAUUUGAGGGGAAGAAAAUUGAUUCCCACUUUUUCACCAGCAGUAGAUAUUUUGAAGUCCUCCAAUCUUGAGCGAUACUUGCACCUGAUUACUAAUGAGGAUGGACAACUGGUGACACAAUUAUAUAACCAGCUGGAAAAUCAGGGCCACUUCCAGCUACAGAAAGAUUUACUUGAAAAGCUUCAGCAGGACUUGGUGGCUGGAUGGUGCUCUGAGGAGGACUGUCUAGCUGCCAUUCACUCUGUAUACAGUACUACAGGAUAUAUUUUGGAUACACACACAGCUGUUGCUAAAGUAGUUGCAGAUCGAUUACAGGAUAGAACUUGCCCAAUUAUUAUUUCAUCUACAGCUCAUUAUUCUAAGUUUGCACCUGCUAUCUUGAGGGCCUUGAGGAUUGCAGAAAUAAACCAGAAUCCAUUAAGUCAGCUUCACUUGCUGAGUUCUUACAGCCCUCUACCUCCAGUCCACUGGGGCCUAUUAGAGACUCUAAAAAAGAAGGGGAAUGAGGAUCACCAGGUCUGUGCUGCUGAUAUGAGUAUGCUGAUGUCCCAUAUAGAAACCUUAAUUCAAAAUCAUUUUAUGAAAGUUUUCUGAGCAACUGAUCAGUCAUCCACUGUGUCAAUUGCAAUACCUUCUUAACAAGCUGCAUGUUUUAAUAAAGUCAUGAUUCACCUGGCCUGUGUCCAGUCCACAGCAUAAUGUCCACAGUUUUAUACUCAGUUGUCAAGUUUUCAACAGUAUUUGUAAGUAACGCAUGUGAGGUUUCUAGUAGUGGUGAAAGGUUGUGAACUGAGAGUAUAAAAGACUGGAAUACUUUUUUGCAGGUCAUACAUAGUAGAGAUGCCAGUACUGUCAGCUUUCCUUGGCACAAACGUGAAGCAUUCUCCAUGUAAGGAGGAAGAUAAUGAAGUCUGACCUUUCUGAAACAAUAGCUCUUGUUUUGUUGCAAGAAAUGUGAUCAUUUGGUCAGUGGGUGAUUAGUUAAACUUUAACUCACUUCACUUAGGGCACCAGAACAUAAUAAGAUAUUGUAAUGAUGUUCUUAUGUUACUAAUGAGGGUUGAUUUCACUACAAAGAUUGAAGUAUACUUGUAUUGUUAGUCCUUGAACUGUUCCAAUUUGAUGGUAUGUUAUCUUCUUGUGUAAUUUUUUUUUAAUGUAUUGUGAGGCCAGUGUUUAUAUAAAAAAAUCUGGUUAUUUUGUUUUUCAUGCUUUUUUCCCUCCCAGAUAUUUUCCUGUGUAAAAUAGAAUACUUCAUUCAAUAUUUUUAAGAUUUUUUUUUUUGAGACGUGACUUUUCCUCCAGUGUGUUGUCUCUUUUCUAGAUCUUUUCUAUUUGAACUUUCAACUUUAGAAUCCUUUUUUGAUGCUAUAGAAGAUUUGCUAGUAUUAGCAGCAGUCUCCUUAAAUAAGAACCAAACUUCACCAUUUAUUUGCAUUUAUUUCUUGUAUUCUGAGUUUUUAGAAUGUAAGUUUUAUCUUUGAGGUCAUAUAGCUUUCUUGUUCUAAUUACUUCCGUUUUCAUAUUUUGCUUAAAUUAAUUUCCUUGACAUUCUAUUCUAUUCAUGCUUUGCAUGAAUUGGUAUAAGAAAGAAGCUUCCCAAAGUGCUUGGCAUCUCAUCAAGGAAAGUGAAGGAUGAACUCCAGUGUCUGGAAAGUGUGAUAGGCAUCAGAGGUGUUCAUUGUGUAACCUAAAAUAGACCUAUGUUAGCAAUCUGGUUUUGCUAAUGACAGCUCUUCAUUGGGUUUUUGCGUCAGAAAAAAAUGGAGUAGGUUGCCCUAGGAGAUCAUGUGGUUAUGGACAAACGUAUUCUGCUAACUAGAUUAUAUUUAGCAAGGACGUAAAAUAUAACUACAUUUCACACUGAGAGAAGUGGUAAAAUGAUGUAUUGACAAGUUUUGAAUGGCAUCCAGUUACAGGUAAAGAGCUAAGAGUCAUCAGAUGUGAGGACCUAUAGCUAUGGGAGGUUGUGCUUCCCACCAAGAUUCAAAUAUGGAAAGUAUUGGCAAGAAAGGUGGUAAUUGCUAACAUUUUUUUGUCUCUUCAAGAGGCAAGAUCUCCUAGAUGUCAGGACUUAUUUGGGGCUUUGAACUGUUGCCAUAUCUGCAGCUUUCUCUGUGUGUCUGCUUGUACUUUUGCCACAUCAGAGGUGAAGAAGACACCAUCUAGCAAACUAUUUUAAAGAAUUGUAAUUUCUUCCAGUGUGAGGUAAAAGACCUAAGCAUGAUGUGCAUUUGCCACAGUGAAUACAUUAUACAAUGAAAUGAAAUGUAGCUGAUAACAAAGGUGUGACACAAUAGCUUUCUAGAUUCUGCCCUUCUUGGAUGCAUUUUUAGGACCUUUCUAGUUCUUUUCUCUGCUCAGUCCUUCUUCACUAUUUCUGCAGUAACUUUGGAAAAUAACUUUUAUUUUCACAGAAUCAUAGAACAGCCCAGGUUGGAAGGGACCUCAAAACAUCACCGGGUCCAGCCUUUCAUGGGAAAGGGAGCCUAGAUGAGAUUAUCUAGCACACUGCCUAGUCAUGUCUUAAAAACCUCCAGCGAUGGAGACUGUCACAUCCCUGGGGAGGUUGCUCCAGUGAUUGACUGUUCUCAGUGUGAAAAAUUUCUUUAUUAUAUCAAGAUGAAACUUCUCCCAGUGCAACUUGUACCCAUUUCCUCUUGUCAUCUCCAUGUGGCUCCUUGUGAAGACAGAGUCUCUGUCCUCUUUCUAGCCACCACUUAAGUACUGGAAAACUGAUGAGGUGCUCCCUGAGCAGCCUCUUCUCCAGGGUGAAAAGACCUAACUCAAUUCAGUCUCUCCUCAUAGGGGAGAGGCAUUUUUGUCAUUUUGCAGACACAAAGUGAGAAAGACCAUAAAUAUGUAAUUAAAAAAAAAAAAAAUCCAUGUUCUGUUAAGAAAAAGUUGCAUAAGCAUAUUGCCAAAAAAGAAGCAUUGCUUGUGUAGGUGAUAAGUGCACAUCCACCUUGUAUUUCUGUAUGUUUCAGUCUGAUUCUCACGGUAGUUCCAAGUGGAAAAAAAUGUAAUGCUUUCUCUGCAUGUGCUCAGUACAAAACCAGAAUUCUAGAUCUUAAAAAAACCAACCAACCAAACAAAAAAAACAAACCAAAAAACCUCAAACAAGCCCAACUGCCUGGGUUGAAUUACUGGAACAGGAAUUGGUUUCAGCAUAAGGACUCUGUGGAAAUCCUGCAGUACCUGGUUCCCUGGGGCCGAAUGCCAUUUGACAUCAUAGGGCAAUUUGUCACAUGCUGUUACAAUACUUCAUAGAAACAUCUACAAAGAAGAGCUUGUUUUCAUAGAAAGUACCUAAAAGAGAAAAGCUGAGAUUCUAAACAAGAUUAGGCUAGAAGCCAAUGUCCUACCUUGAGUUAGCUCAUUAUUAGAUAAAACAGUCAGAACUAAACUAGCAGAGAAUUUAUUUUGGCAUGACUCAAACAAUCAAUAUUUCAAAGUUCAUGACAGUAACUCAAGCUUAGUUUGAAGGAGAAAGUAUUAUUAAAAUUUCUAGUUGCUAUUUUCAUAUCACAUGAGCCAUUAUAGCAGUUGAUAUGAAUUGAAUAAGUAAAAAAUGAGCAGUUUUACUUAGUUACGGUCUUUCAGUCUGGACUUAGGGUGUAUAAAGGCAGUGGUUAAAGAGCACAUAUUGUAUUAGUACAUUUCUCAGAAUGUCUAAAGGCUUUUACAAUACAGUAUUUACUAAUUUUUAAAAAUAAUGAAUUAACUUUUGGACUUCCUUGUAACUUCAGUGAACUAUUUUUGUGCACCACAUCUGCUUGUGGAUUCUAGUAAUGGGCACUAUAAAAUGUUGCAGUAGUGUCGUGAUCCUGGAUGUGCACAGUAUUUGUGACCAGGUGUUGAUGCGGUGUUAUGGUAGCUGUAAUGUACAAUAUUCUGGUUUGCCUUGCCCUGCUGGGCCUGGAGGAAUGGAAGAGAAAACAUUUCCAGUGUACUCAGUAUAGCUGACUGGGGGGGCAUAGGAUAGUGAGGGAAGCAAUCCUUCUGCCUUCCCAGUCCAGCUUUUCUCAGUGUCAGUCAGUAAAAUAUUGUGGUUCAACAAACAUUGUGCUACUGUUAUUGUACUUUUUUUUCCCCACUAUGAGUAUUAUGAAAGAUUCAAAGGGAAUUAAUGAUUAAGAGUGGACACAAGUGCCGGUUUUUUGUCCUUAGUAGACACUGUGCACACUGAAUGUUGUCGUGCACUAUUUUCUAUUCUUAAGGCAAAAAAUGGUGUGCUAAUGAUACACAAAAGCAAAUCUACAUUGUGAUAGUUAGCAGGAUUCUUUAAGCCAUUUAGGUGUGGUGUAUACCCAGUUUGCUCCUAUUUGUCUAAAGAUAGGAUGUUGGGUCUAAAUCAAUAUAAGCCAGGUUAACAGAGGGUGUGAACAUGCAUAUAUACACAUUUCCACUAGCUUUAUUGACCUGGAGUAAUAGCAUAGCUUUAGUUAACCUAUUAUUCUUCCGUAUAGAUAAAUCUUUGCUGAAGACUAAUACUACAUGAAAAACCUUGAGGACAAAUGCAACAAAUGUAAGGACAACUGUAAUGUCUAUAUUUACACUUUUUAUUGUAAGAAUGUUUAUAUGAAAAAUACUUUGUUUUGCUUACAGACUUACAGCUGCUCAUUACUUGCCUUUAGUCACAGUCCUGCUUCUUGGGGUGACAGAGAGUGGUUUGAGGUAAAGGGUGAAUAGAGCGGAUAGGGAUGACUUCAGAAGAUAAUUCUGUUUUCUUAGUAUCUUACAAUUUAGAAAGAAUUGCUAUUUAUGUUUUUGAGGUGAUGGAAUAUUUUAGCAGAUGGAACUCUGAAGGGAAGAGUCUUGUUUUUCAAGGGGUCAACUUAGCUCUUCGAGGACAUCAACACACAUUGUUGCUACGUAUAUCAUGUUUGGCAUGCCUGAAACACGCGUUAGUCAUUUGUAUCCACUAUAUUUUUUCUAAAUAAAUACUGCAGGAUCCACUCUGUAGCACUUGCUUUGCAAAUAUGUUCAUAAAUCCUUAUCAAUGUGAUAUAAAGAAAAUCCACUAAAGGAAGUCGUUUCAGAAUUUGAUAUUCUUAAAUCUUGAAAGACAUGUUCUGUCCUGUGUUUACUUGAAAGUUAGGUGUAUAGUAAAUGAUCUAGUAAUUCACUUUGCGGAGAUUGACAGAUGUGAACUAAGUUGCAUCAUCCUGUAAGGAAAGUAUGUAUAAAAAAAUAAACCCACAUCAAAAAUA